AUGAUUAACGACAGCGACGGUCCUAAGCGCCGAACAGACACUUACACAGUCUCGACCAGCAAUUCCCGCGACGCCAGCAAUGCCACCGGGUCGCCCAAGUCUGCACUUGCCCACAACUCCUCACAAAAAGAGGAUACCAAUGCCAGCGUACUCGCGGCAGCCGCGCAUGCGGUGGUGCCCAAUUGGGCGAAUUUUGUCCUUAUGGUCUUUCUGAUUUUGGGGGGCUGCUGCACCAAUGUCUUCGCCCUCGAAGCAAUCAUCAAAGAACAACCCACCGCUGGUCCCUUGAUAACAUUCGCCCAAUUCGCCCUCUGCGCUCUAUUCACACUACCGCAUUUCAUCUCCCCCUCCGCCGGACUCUCCGCGCUCUUCAUCAAGCCCCGAGCCAUCCCCCUCCGCUCGUGGCUAAUAUACACCGCAUACUUCGUCUCAGUCAACCUCCUCAACAACUGGGCCUUCGCAUACAAGAUUUCAGUGCCCUUGCAUAUAAUUCUCCGCUCCGGCGGCCCUGUCGCAUCAAUGAUCGUCGGAUGCCUAUUCAACGGCCGGCGCUACUCUCGCGGCCAGAUUCUUUCCGUCGCUAUGCUGACCGUCGGCGUGAUGGCCGCGGCGCUAGCGGACGCACAGGCAAAGGGCCAGUCCCUAGAAAUCGGGUUGGACGGAGAGGGGGACGGCGAGGCCAUGAAAAACACGAUUAUCGGAUUCAGCAUUCUCGCGCUGGCUAUGGUCCUCUCGGCGUUUCAGGGUAUCUAUGCCGAUAGACUUUAUGCGUUUUACGGCCGUGAUCACUGGAAAGAAGCACUCUUCUACUCGCAUGUGCUUUCGCUCCCGAUUUUCUUUUCCAGCUGGACGACAAUGUAUUCGCAAUGGCGGGUUGUGGCUUCGUCGCCAUCGAUUCUGCAGCAUUUUGGAUUGGACUCGAAGACUAAUCCACUUUCUUCAAACAGUGGUAAUGCAUUCGCAUUCAUUCUGGAAAUAGUCUACACCUCUCCGCAGCUCCGGAGUAUCCUGAACCACAUCCCUAUUCAGGUAUCAUAUCUCAUCAUGAACGCAUUAACCCAAUACGUUUGCAUCCGGGGCGUGCAUCUCCUCUCAGCGAAAUCAUCUUCAUUGACCGUGACCGUUGCGCUAAAUAUUCGCAAACUCGUCUCGCUCUUGCUGUCGAUUUAUCUCUUUGGAAAUCAGCUUGGUUCGGGCGUUUUACUCGGUGCCGUGCUGGUUUUUGUUGGCGGGGGUUUAUAUGGGGUUGAAGGUGCUAGACUGCGGAAGUCGAUGUCAAAGGAGAAAAAGGCCCAGUGA